AUGCCCAGAAUCCCCUAUUCCGUGAUAUUGAGAGCACAUCGAGAGAAUAGCUUACUACCUUUACUGCUCAAGGAGUGCCGCACCAUUGAUUCUGCCCGCAAUGAGCUUCGUUGGCUCCGCGAGGCAGUUCAAGAGAAACAGUCGCUGCCAACCAAAUGGAGUCGACUGAGAUCCAUGUGUCGACUCCGGUCGAAAGGUGUUCCUCUUCAAUACCUCUUGGGAAAUCAACCGUUCGGCGACUUGGAAAUUCUCUGCCACCAAGGAGUCCUGAUUCCAAGACCAGAAACUGAAUCGUAUACAUACAAAUCAGCGGAGUUAGUCCAAAGGAUUAAGCGCAAGCCAGAGACUAAGUUGCGCAUUCUGGACCUUUGCACAGGGACAGGCUGCAUCUCACUGCUUCUACACGCACUACUCGCACCUCAUUUCCAAGACCUGUCCAUCACAGGGGUGGACAUCAGUCCCGUGGCAUUGGGGUUAGCCCAGAAGAACCUCCAGCAUAAUAUAAAGCUGGACCAAUUGGUGCUCCAGGCCGCAACAGAUAUCCAAUUUCAUCGCGCCGACGUCCUUGGGAAUGGCAGUGACACCCUAGUGUCUAUUAGGUCACUACUCCAGACCCUCGGCCGCCCUUCCCAGCCAUCGGAACAUUUGCAAUACGAUCUACUAAUCUCCAACCCACCAUAUAUCUCCCGAGCAGAGUUUCGCAACGGCACCACGGCACGCAGUGUGCGACUCUUUGAGCCCGAACUCGCCCUUGUACCCCCAUCAGUCUCGGAAGACGGCAGACCGGAGGAUAUCUUCUACCACCGGAUUCUCAGCUUGGCACUCGAGCUGAAGACACAGAUCACGGUACUCGAGUGUGGGGAUAUGGCCCAGGCUCAGCGUGUGGUUACUCUUCACGAACGACUGGCCGGUAACAAUGACUUCAGUGCAGAGAUCUGGCCUCGUCACAAACGAGAUCUGGCCGAGUAUGGAUUUCAUGAAACGGAUGGAUCCCGCUGUGUGAUCAUUCAGCGACUAUGA